UGUAUUUUUUUCUCCCUAAUUUUCUCCAGAAGCAUAUGAUUACACGCAUGAGUAUCUUUGACUGUUUGGUCGCUCUGCACUUGAUAAUCAUCAUUGUAAAGAAUAUAAAAUUUCAGGAAAUACACUUAUACUGGCUUAAAAAAAUGAGGGAAGAGGUUAAUAUGACAGGGAGUGAAUCUCAUGAGCCUUUACAUAAUCAAUCCCCGAAAUUUGUAAAUCCCCAAGUGAAGGAAGCCAGAGUAUUUUUGAGAGAAAGAUUUCUUCGAUUUGUCACCGGAAUCGUGGGUGAAAAUGUGACUUUUAAUCUAUACGAGAAUUCAAAAGUUUCGGGAGAAUUUCGCGGUUGCGACGUGGAUUGCCUAGACAUAUACCUACAAAAUUUGCAAACACCCCUUGGACAAAUUCCUGGAGCAAUUAUUCGUUCAUCAGACAUUAUUAGUAUUGAAGUAGACAAUAUCAAUAAUAUAAACCGAUAAUUUUACAAAAUUCCAUUCAAUUGUUUAAUACAAAAUCAUGUAUAUUUUUUUU